AUGGGAGGAAGAAAAGCGGUGCGGGCGGCGGAAGGCCUUGUGCACCCCAACUCCCGAGUGGUGCGACAGCUGCAGCGCCAGACGAGCCGAAAUGAACGCAACAAUGAGCGAGCAAAAAAACGGCAUGCCCAGGAUCUGCUAGAGGCAGCGCGUUUUUUUUGGUUCCGAGAACAAUGUAUGGCCCUUGGGCGAUUGCAUUCCGCUUUUUCCAUGGAGGAGGCGCAGGUGCUUACACAGCUAUAUGUUGAACGCAACGAUGCUGAACUUGUCUUGCUCAAAUCCCUCCGCAACCCCACGGCUGGGCGCAUAAAGAAAAUUGAGGCCUUGAAAGAAAGUGAAACAGACGCAUUUGAAUCCGCCAAAGGUAUAGUUAUUCCCGAUAUCACUGACAAGGGCAGGGUUGAAAUUCUGACGGAGAUUUGGGAUGGUGGGUGCGAUACCCGUUGUGUAGUGCCACGGCUUCAUUUGACCCGCAGCGGCGUUUUAACAACGCCGACAGCAGUCAAUGAAAUGCGGCUGAAAUUGACACCUAUUGAUCUUGUUCGUGAAAAAGCAACAUCGGUCACACCAAAAAAAGCCCUAAAGUUCCGAAAUCAGAAACGAACCCAAUCGGUCAAAACAACCGCCAAGAUGGAGGACAUUACGUCAAGAUCCAAGUUACAGAACACCGAACGUCAACAAAAACGGUUAAAGGAGGAACGAAAAGCUUUAAUUAACUCCAGAAGGUCCAUAUAA